CUCUCCUUCCGUCCGCUACCCCGGAAGGAGGAGGAACAAAAAGAAAAGCGACGACGCGCUUGGCAGCGACGCUUCACGCUGAUGUGCCGCUUGCUCUUAAAAAAUGGAGAGCGACACCACCGUCCGGAGAAUAAAGCCACCGUUCGGGACACACAGCGAUGGAGCGGCGGCCUACGCGGGAUCCGGGGGCUACUUGGAGGACAACAACGGCUGGAACGGCAGUGGCGUUAGUGAGCCGAAGAGGAAGCCCGACGUGAACUUGUACCUGCUCCGAGAGGGGCCGGCGAUUUCCCUGGUGUGCGUGUUUAUUCUGCUUCUGUGGGGACUCGUUCAAUUGUCUCUGCAGCAGCUCGUCAUAGGGAAGCCGAGCGGGGAGUUCAACGCGGAGAGAGCCAGGCAGCACCUGGAGCGCAUCACCAGCGUGGGGCCACGGCCGGUGGGCAGCCACGAGAACGAGGUGUUGACUGUGAACUACUUGCUGGAGCAGAUCGAGAAGGUCCGCGCGACCACGGCGCAAGGCCCUCACCAUCAGCUCAGCGUGGACGUGCAGCGGCCCACCGGCUCCUUCUCCAUCGAUUUCUUGGGCGGCUUCACCAGCUUCUAUGACCGCGUCACCAAUAUCGCCGUGCGCCUGGAACCCAAAGGCGGCUCGCAGCAUCUCAUGCUGGCCAACUGCCACUUUGACACUGUGGCCAACAGUCCAGGUGCGAGCGACGAUGCCGUGAGCUGCGCCGUCAUGCUGGAAAUCCUCCGCUCGCUCGCCAACCAGUCCACUCCUCUUCUCCACGGCGUCAUCUUCCUCUUUAACGGGGCGGAGGAAAACGUCUUACAGGCCAGUCACGGGUUCAUCACUCAGCACCCGUGGGCCAAACAGGUGCGAGCCUUCAUUAACUUGGAGGCCGCAGGCGUCGGCGGCAAGGAGGUUGUUUUCCAGACAGGCCCGGAGAACCCCUGGCUGGUCCAGGCGUACGUGCACGCCGCCAAACACCCCUUCGCCUCCGUGGUGGGCCAGGAGGUCUUCCAGAGCGGCAUCAUCCCCUCCGACACGGACUUUCGCAUCUACAGGGACUUUGGUAACAUCCCAGGCAUUGACCUGGCGUUCAUCGAGAACGGGUUCAUCUAUCAUACCAAGUACGACACUUCUGACAGAAUCCUCACAGGCUCCAUUCAGAGAGCAGGGGACAACAUCCUGGCCGUCCUCAAGCACCUGCUCAUGUCGGAGAAGCUGGCCGACUCCUCCGAGUAUCGCCACGGCAACAUGGUCUUCUUCGACGUGCUGGGCGUAGCCGUGGUGGCGUACCCGGCGCGCGUCGGCACCAUCCUCAACUACAUGGUCGCCGUGGCAACCUUCGUGUAUCUGGCCAGGAAAGCCUCUCAGCCAGGAAACCGCGGCAGGCGUUACGUUCGAGAUCUGGCUUGCGCCACGGGCGUGGCGCUGCUCAGCUGGUUGGCGGCCUUGCUGUCGGUUCUGAUCGUGGCCGUGCUGGUGACGCUGCUGGGCCGCUCCAUGUUCUGGUACACCCACUUCUACGCCUCAGUGUGUCUCUAUGGUUCCGCCGCCACCGGCAAGAUGGUGCUGGUGCACACGUUGGCCAAGAACCUCUACUACAGGGGCGUGCGCAUGGUGGAGUUGGGCGAGCUGUACCUGGACGUGAGCCUCCUGCUGUGGUGCUGCAGCCUGCUGUGGAUGACCCAGCGCGGCCUGUGCUCGGCUUACGUCCCCAUGCUCAUGGUGGCCUUCCCGCUGGUCACCAAGCUGGUGCUGGCCAACGAGUUCAGGAACCGAGGCGCGUCGCUCAAGUACAGCGUCCUGUAUCUGGCGGGCCUGGCCUUGCCCUACCUGCAUAUCAUGUUCCUCAUUUGGGUGGUCUUUGAGAUCUUCACGCCCAUCAUGGGCCGCAGCGGCACCGAGAUCCCCCCCGAGGUGGUCUUGGCCGCCCUGGUUACCGUGGCCACCGUUUUCCUCUCCUCCUUUUUCCUCCACUUCAUCUACUUGGUGAGGAGCACCAAGUGGAUUCUGGCGGGCCUGGGCUCCGUCUUCACCGUCACGUUCCUGCUGGUGUCCUGCGGCCUCCUCUUCCCGUAUUCGGGAAAUCCCGAUAGCCCGCGGCCCAAGAGGGUCUUCCUACAGCACACGACGCGCACCUUCCGCGAUGUGCAGGGCCGCGUGGAGUGGCGCGACUCGGGCGUGUGGAUCAACAGCUUCGACUACACGGGCAUGCAGCACGUGGCGCCACACGUGCCCCACAUCGACGACGACGGCGUGCGCACCCGUUGCCGCGACGACCGGCCCUUCUGCGGCUUCCCCUGGUUCCUGCCCGUCAAGUUCCUCAGCAAGAAGAGCUGGUACCUCCCCGCUCCCGACGUUUCUCCGAGCUCCCCGGUGGACUUCCGCCUGGUGUCCAAGGAGGAGACCGCCUGGGGAACGGUCAAGAUGACGUUCAGCGUCAAAGGGCCCAGCCACAUGUCGCUCUACUUGAUGCCUCACCGCGGAGCGAGUCUCUCCACGUGGUCCUUCGGAGACGGCACGGCGCGCUUUGACCUGAGCGGAGAAUACUUUGUCUUCUACUCGCACGGCCUGGACGCGCCCACGUGGACCUUCUGGUUUGAAAUACAGCCGCCCAGCGAGUCGUCCCCGUCGGUGUCGGGCCCCGAGGGGAUGAUCUCGGUGGCCAUCUCCACUCACUACUUCUUCGGGGAGGACCAGAAAACGCCUCGGCUGGAGGAAAUCCUCGGCCGUUUCCCCUCGUGGGCCUUCCCCUCGUCUUGGGUCAGCACCUACGACAUGUACCGAUACUGAGGCGCCCGCCCGCACAGGUUCUCCAUUUCUUCACGUGCACGCGCACACACGCAGCCUGAUAGACCCCCAGCAUCACUGUGUCAAGUAGCAAGUUGACGCCCCGCUCGAUCGGUGCAAACAAGUUUGAUUUCUCUCCAAUCUGUGGUGCUUUCUUUCUUCCCCUCACAUGCUAACACACUAACACGCUACCUCCUCCUCUUCAUCAGCACACAUCAAGUAGACCACUAGCAGCAGACUCAACAGUUUGGAACCGGGUAUGGUUUUGUGUUUGUCGUUUUCUGCUUUUCAAACGUCGCGUUGGGAAAAUGCGCUUCAGCCGUCGUCACGGUAACAGAGUUGCACCUGACAGCGGUUGCUGUGGCCGUCGCAAUAACAGUCACGUUGUAGACUUGGAACAAAGUAGGGUUUUCAAACAGGAUUUGAAUUUCAAGCAGUGGUGAGAGAUUCAAAUUGGGGUUUCAUGACAGUAUGUGGGUUUUAAAUUAAGGUUUAAAAACAGGAUUAAGGAUUCAAAUCAGAUUAAAUAGAAAAGCCAUGUCAACAAUUUUGUUGCCUUUUUAAAAAAAAAAAAAAUAAUAAUUAUUGACUCCAAAAUGCGGUGCUCAGUAAGUACGUCCCUUUCAUUUGCCAAAACAACAUUUAACUGCUACGAUGACCAUAUCAAGUUAAAUAAAAAAAGUCACUUUUUGUUGGGCAUCAUUGAAAAAAAGAACAGAAACACACAAAAGGUACAAUGGUGGGAGCCACAUUGGAAUUUGAUAUCAUAUUGAAACUCUUUGCUUGCUUUUGUUCUCAUUCCUCCUCCUUCCCCCUAAUUUAAAAAAAAAUGUUGACACGUGUGCAGUGCUGGCUUUGACACUUUACCUCUAACUGUUUGUUUUUUAGUUUCUGGUGGUUACAAAAAUGCAGUUUUGAGUGGCAAUGAACUGUUGGGAAUGUCGCUUUGGGAUGUGUUUAAUACUGGGAUGAUUUUACAUGAAGAAGCUUGAAUGAAAGGAGCACCUAUAAUAAUAAUAAUAAUAAUAAAAAAAAAAAUGUCUGA